CUAUUAAUUAAUAUUAAUGCCGUAUCAAUUGAAGAUCUACGUCAAGGAUUCCCUCGUAAACCCUGAAACAACCGAAUGUUGGAAAUGGCACGAUAGAUAUAGUCUAUGUAUAUUCCGGCAGUCCGUGUUCGUUACAGGGGAUCGUUUUAGCCAGGGGCUAUGUUCGCCUCCAGGAUGCUCUUCAAUCGUUCACGAGAACGUUUUCCGCACAGCUCGACAAAAUGAUAUCCUCAACCUCCUUCUUCACCGGCCUCCUACUUGCCUCAUCAGCAUCCGCCCAUCUCGCCAAGCGUGGUACGGGGGUAAUUAAGUGCCCCGUGGUGCUUAGCGGAUUCGUGCCGGCGGACAUAACACCGACAGAUUUCGAUUCGUCUGCGACGAGCCCUUUCAACCCCGAUUAUGUCCGCGGCACCGAGAAGUUCUCAGAGAUCCUGCAGUUCCCGGUAGUCGAGGCCUCGCGUUUUGAUAACGCCAGCACGAGGGCCGUCGAGGUCACUAUCAACGACAACUCCAUCUUCCAGAAACAGAAUGGUUUCCGCCGUGCCGGUCUCCAGAUCCAGGGAGACACGAAUGAAGGUAGCCCCGGCACCCAAGGUGUGAAGACUAUACACUUCAGUGUCAAGCAAGAUGCCGAGAGGACUUUGAACUUGACUCAUGAGUACUUGAACGUCUGGCACGAGAGGGCGGACUUCAGCGCCAACCAAUUCAACUUCCAGACCGGUACCCUUAUUGGCAAGUCCGACGUCGACAAGAACAACUUCAAGAUCCUGGACCGCCAGAACACCGAAGUGUGGUCAACCCCCAUCGAUCCUAUCGCCUGGCAAAACUUUGCCGUUACUCUCGACUUCGUGAGCAACACCCUUCAGGUGUAUUACUCAAAGGACGACGAGCCCCUCCAGGCCGUCACCGAGGUGUUGCAGAACGACAACAGCGGCGAAGGCCAGUACCAGAUCGGCAUCCUGAAGAAGCCCACAGGUACUUCCGACGUCGUCAACUCUGGCUUCCAGGAGACCGGCAUCAACGAGGGCCAAAUCUACGGAGGCAUCUUCAUCGAGGACAGCGCAGAUGGCUGUAUUUCGUUGUAAGCCUGCGCUUUAAAGACAUGUAAAAAAAAAACCAUAGGACCCGGGUAGCUGGCAGAAUAGCCUUUGAUCUUCCAGCACGUAUUGUACUAAUAAAACUUAUGGAUAUCCUAUCCCAUCCCAUAACUACGCGUCCUCACGAGGUCGGAAAGUGUCGAGGCACAAUUAAAAACAGUAACAGUCCCGCAAGUCAAGUAAGCAUUAACUACUAGUUAGAGAUUAUAUAAACAGCAGUUUCCAACUUGUAACUAUAUAACUUCGCAAAGAAAAAACAUAAGCUAUCGUGUCGGCGUUACAGUCAUUACAGCGAGCUUUAUAUACAAAUUGUGCCGCCACCGAUCUACCAUGAUAUCCCAAACAAUCCAACCCCCUAUAACAAUAUACACACCUACCUCAUAGGCAGCCACCCUCAAUUUCACGCCAAUCAUCGCAACGCCGUCAUCCCCCGCUUCCGCUUCAGCAAGUGGCGUUCGGCCGGCCUCGUGCCCGUCUCCGCCGGCGACAUCUGCUCGGGCGACUUGGUCAAAGCCCCGGCUACGAGCAGAGAGUGGUAGGAACCCCGUCUGGACUGGCUGGGUAGUUUGAUUCGGUCGUCGCGCGGGGCCUCCGAGGCUCUGCUUAGACUACCUGGUUGAGAUACCUCCGCGUCGAAAUCAAACGGGUCGAGGCGGAAAGGGUUUAAUAGCCGUAAGGGGGCCGCCAGUUCCUCCGCU